GCGGGACUGUUAAAUCGCAAACAAGACAGAACAGAAAUGAAAAUGCUUCACUGUUUUAUACUAGGACUCUUUCUGCUUCCAGUCAGGGCAGAAAAAGAAGAUUUCCAAGGUUACUUCACAGAGCAAACAAAAGGCACAACUGUCACAAAAGAUCUGCUUCUGAAAAAUGAAAACACAACUGGUCAUGGCACAGAAGCAAUACCUACAGAGAAGACGCAUCAACAUACCGCAAUGGCAUUGACUGCCAAGUUUCCAGAGGCGGUCUUGCUUGACACCAGACCGACACAACCUUAUAAGAAAAGUCAAAUCACAAAGGCGUCAGCUUUAAUUUCCCUACCGAGCUCAAAGCAUUUUGUCUCCAGAAAUGGGAAUAGCUCUCUCAUAUUAAAGAGAGAGCCGUUGGCUAUGAGGAUUGACACUGAAUCAGAAAAACUAUUGAUCUCUAAUUAUGAAAAGAUCUCAUCAUCUUCUGCGCAAUCUGCAACAGAAUCAAUGAUGAAUGACACCUCUGACCCAGAGGGCAAUUUGACCGCAGAUGCAGUGAAAGCCCCUCCUUGGUUUCACACUCUUCUUGAUUACAGGAAUCAAAGAAACACUAACUCUGUUAGGCACACAUCUGCUGAUGGAUCCCUGAGACCUCCAGUGCUAUCUGCAUCUCAUUCUCGUGUAAUUGAUAACCUGGAUGCAGCACGUAAUAACAGCAGUGACAAACAGUCUCAAGGCAAGGACACCACAAACCCGGGAAGAGACCUGUAUGGCUUGGGCACAGUGCAAUCCAUCUUUCAGAAUGCUACAGCAGAAGAUUCACCGAGAGGAAGCACAAUAACAAACUUGUGUUUGACCUGCCUGAAAGAUCAAAGGCCAAGCUCCACCGGGAAAGCUGCACUGUCAACUCAUGGCUCCCCAGACAACAAUAAACUUACAGCCUCAUUAACCAGUUUAUAUCAACAGUCAGCUCGAGUGCAGGAAGAAAUAUUAAACAGAGACAUCAGUCAUGCAAACCUCACCAAGCGUUCCAGUUUCAGCGAGGGAGAAAGUUUACCUUACUAUCAGACUUUCCUUUCUUUUUCCUUCAGUAACACUCAGAGUCAUACUCAAAGCGUUUCAAAUGAUUCCCCAAACAUUUUUUUUUCAUCAGCUCCAGAAGCGGUUGCAUUUCACACACGACCUCUUGCUGAGGUGUCGUCAGAAACAAAAGAAGACACCAAGAAGCAAUUGAGGCAUACCUAUCCUAGUGAAGCUUCUGCCAAAGAGAGACCCGUCUCAACACCUACAACACUUUAUCACUCAUCAAAAUCCUUUUAUAUUGCAAGGAAACCAGUAGAAAGUGGAGAAAAAGAGCUGUAUAAAAAAAAAGUAAGCACUGGGGUCCCGCAGUCAGACCUGAUGUAUUUCAGUAAGAAUAACAAAACAGCUUCCCACAGUGUCUCAACAAACUUAAAAACUUUCAUUCAAAGACAGUCUUUGGACAUCAGCAGUGGGCCGGUAAGCAAUAUGCCUGUUAUUAGUUCAGCUCCCCACAACAGUCACAUAAGCGUUAUUACAGAGGGUAGUGAUCACAGCACUGCAUCUCAUCCAGCAGUAAGAAUGAGCUCGAUUGAAGCUCACAUUGCAGCAACACCCUUCAGCGGGAGUAGGCCAACCGCUUUGCCAGUCAAAAAUCCUGAGUCUCACUUUCAGACAAGAAGAGUGGAUUCUUUGAUCUCUCUUCUGAGCCUCCAAACACAAGCUAAACCAAGCUUUCAGACCAAAGGACCCAUACUGACAUUGUUACCAAAGGAUUCUGCCAUAAAGCUUGCAUCUGCAACCACAAAGACACACUUGACAGAUAAACAAGAUCCUCUGACAUUUAACGCUGUACACAGCAUUGUUAAACAUUCUUCUGUUGAUCCCACAGGGCCAAUGAAUAAACCGGUUAUAAGAAAACCACAAACUACAACCACCGCAACAACAGAAGUUUUCCCCAGGAAGUUGUUUCUCUCAGAGUUGAGUCAGGACUUUGGUGAUGACAUGCCCUUGUUGACACUACCAACACUAUCAAGCAAAUCCCUUUCUGAGAAACUGACAAUAGGUAAAUUUUCAGGGACUCAGUCUAAACUCAUCCAGGUAGGAACUUAUGAUGUAGCUAGAGGGAAGAAUGUAGCAUCAACUCGUCAGUCUUAUUCAACAUAUAGUGGGGAUUUAAUCAGAGAGUCACUAAGAGAUUAUGAUGCAAAAUCAAGAGAUGAAAAUGAACAGGUGUUGUAUGCAGUUGUAGAAAAUGGGAACAAGACAGAAAACAAUGAGGAGAUGAAAGCAAUAAUAAAGUUGCAGGAAGGAGAGAAAAACAGGAAAGACACAACUUUGAACUAUCAAAGAGAAAAAUUUAAAGAGAGCAGAGAAGAAGAACAAGAAAAAAUAAUCAAUACUGGAGCUAAGACAAAUCAAAAUGUAGACAGGGAAGGGGAAGAAAUGGCAGCGCAAACCGACAACAUGAGUAGGGAAAAAGGUGGAACGACCAAUGGAGAGGAGGGUGUAACCUUGAGGCAAAACCUGGAUCAAAGAAAAGGGCAAAUCAGUGAUGAAGAAGGAGCUGAAAGAGACAGUGUGACUAAAAUAUAUGAAGAGAAUUUCCUAAAAGUUGCAGCUGAAAAGCAGAGUGAGUCUUUAAAAAGGGAAGAAGCAGAGGAUAGAAGCGAGAAAACACCAGAGGGGAAAGAAGACAAUAAAUGUGUUGGGGAAACUGGGAAAAAGGGCAUGACAAAUGUUCCCUUUGGACCCCCUACUAAUUCGAAAGAAUUUAACAGAGAUAAAGAACACGCUGUUGAGAACCUGUCUCCCUGCCCCAGUUUGAUUAAACAGCUGGGAACCACUGAAAACAAGGGCAUUCAUCUGGGAGAAAAUGCUACAGCUAUUGUGGAAAUCACAAAUAAAUCAUUCACCUAUAAAGUGACAAAAAAUCACAGAACAACAAGUCAGAGCCCAAACCAAUCAAAAACAACAUCUCUUCCCAAAGAACCAUACACACAGAUUAGAUCUCAUCUCUCUCCCCCCAAGGACGUUCUUCCAAAGCAUGAAGUUACGUCAUCACUCGCUAAAGAAAGUGCCCGGAACAAAGUUGUUGAAGCUACAUUUGGACAUCACACUUUAAAGUUUGGGGAAAUAUUAAAGCCAUCGGUUUCCCCAAACAGCAGUGCAGCUAAAUUCACUCACCCUUUACUAAAGACUAUCAGCAAUAUGUUGUCACUCACCACCCAUCGAUUGACAACCGCAGCUGGAUUCCCGAGAGCUGAGCCCCACUUUACAGUAAAUAGUUCUACUCCCAAUAUAUCAAUUAUUUACAACAUCCCAGAUCACAGGCAUAAAUUUAGUGCUUCAGUUUCAAAGGCCAAUUCAAUUUUACAUACCGCAAAUGAGAGCGAGCAAGCAGAAUACAUUAUAGCAUCAGUGAAUCCCGCUCCACACCAGAAGAUGUAUAAUGACUCAUCUACUAGGCCACCCACGGCCACAGUCUUGUCAUCUGAGGCCCACAUCUCCAUAGGCCAGUUGCAGCCUCGCCAAGCGCAGCCUGUCCCUCAGAUCAGCGAGUCCUCCUCCUCACCCUCUUUUGACAUGACUUCAGGCCAGCCAUGCUCAUUUAAACUGUCAGAGCAGACAGCCCAUCCAGAUGCUCUGCAUACCUCUGUUGAUGGUAACGAGCAGAGAUCUGUGCAUACCCUAACGGCAUCAUCGAGUCCUAAAGCGGAAAACGAUCAAUUUCCCCAUACCAACAUGUCACCGCUGCUAAAUCUCAGCCUGUUUGGAGGUGACAUUUUACCUGGCACCUAUAGGCUGACAGGUCUAACCGGAUCAGCGGUUAGCCCUGUCUUACUAAACUUACUUAGGGCCAAUUCCAACACUCAACAUGCGAAUGGUGAAAGUGACCGUGUCGAGUCUUUGUUAGGGACUGCUGAUGAGACAAAUCAAAUCAAGGAGAACGAUAAUGCACGAACAAUGGUGACCUUGAAAGUGAAACAUUUAGAGCUGGUCACAGAGCAAAUAUCAGAGAUGAGACUUGAAAAGAACAGUUUACCUUUUAUUACACCAAUGACCGGCAGCAAUAAAGAUAACAUAGAUGAACUUAACUCUUUGUCUAUAAUGCAGGCUGAUAAACCAGCAAUGAAAAUGAUUCAUGAGAAUGACCUGAUCCGUGUAAAUGGCGAAAAUGAAGCAAACAGCACAGUGACAGUUCCCAUCAAGUCUGUCAUGCUUGCGGUUCAUGCUGGGCCCAGGACUGAGCAGGCUAUGGACGACAAUUUUGUGUAUGAUUUUGGAACACCUGCCCUUGGCACACAUGCCCCAUCUGGCACCUCUCUAGAUGUUGAGUCAGAAGGUUGGCCUGAAAAGCCUAAAAUCCAGCAUGAUGAUGUGACUAAAAUGUCUGUUUCUGAUGUGAAGCAUCAUGCAGAAAAAACACCCGGAAAGCAAAACAAUUCAGUGAGCAACAGUGCUCUCCCUGCUGCACAUAUUACUUUCAGAAAUGAUAUCAUUAUCCUCAGUAAAUCCACACACCAGACUGACGACCAGCUAAUUACUUCUUCUUUUCAAAUGAUAACAGCAGUAACUGAUGAUUCCGUGUCCCUGGCUCCAACUCCUACCAUAGGUGGUGUUACUGUGUCCAAAGAAGAUCCCGAAUCACUGCUGAUGGCUAGUGAGAGUGUGCCAGUUGUGGAAAAGUCAUCUCGUGCUGCUGCUGAGCACAUAGAGCACUCGAAUCAUCAUACUGAGCCUUUGUCAUUGAUAGGGCCUCCCAUAACUCCUACUACUGGCAAACCCACCCGUGCUGUGAAAAGACAACACACAACAGAAACACACAGUGCCCAGCUGCCUGAGGAUAAAAUUUCUGUACGGACUAUUGAACAGAGUCAACAUGCUGCUCCUGCUGUAUUUGCAAUAACACAUAAUAUUAAUGACCCAGAGAAGGACAUCCAAAGAGACUUGCUGCAGACAUCCGACAGAGCUGAAGGUUUGCAUGGUCCAACAUCUACCAUGCUUAGAAAAAUGGAAUAUUCAUUAAUUAAAGACAUCAAAACAGCUCUGACAACAAAGAGUGCUUUUGAAGCCAAACAAUCUCUACUUGAGAAAAUUUCUGCAGCAUAUACGCAGGACAGAACAGAGCAGCCUGACAGGCAGACCUCGCAUGAAAAGACUUCAAUAAGUCAAUUGAUAUCUGGAUUUAUGGCAGAUUCUGCACCAACUACAAGGAUCUCGCCCGCAGACAUUAUUAAUAAAAGCAGCUGUAGGACUAUCGGCUGUGCUCGGUCAACCAAGACGACUGAAACAACAACUGGAGCAGGUGAAAUUGAUCAUAGUCAGAAAAUGUAUAAAACACAGGGUGCAGUCACAGAAAGAGAUCAUUUCAGAGACGAGGACACUGCUGGCGCCAAACCAGAAAAUGGCAAUUGCAGCUCUGACUGUCUUGUAGCUGGAAAGGCUACACUGCAGGCUGCUGACCUUGAAUAUGCAACGCUUUCAGCAUUCAUCAGUAUCGGUGAAUCCGAUCACGGCGUUGAUGAAACGAUGUCAAAAAAGGCCAGGAGUGUGGCAGCUAAAGCUGUUCAUUUGGAGAGGCACUGGACACCUGAGAGGCCCCACUUUGUAAGGAAAACAACACAAAGACGCUUUCACAGAGAGACCUCGAAGGCUCAGGAGGCUCCUGCUAAAGAGGUCACUUUAUCUGAACCUGAAGCAGCUCUUCUGCAGACCACAAUAAAGGCUACUGAGCUGACGGUGCUCUCUGAAAAAAACACAAAAACACAAUUAAACCGAGGAACAGGCAACGUCGAGGUACUUGAAGCGCAAAAUGCCACCAGGUCAGUGAGUGCCGCGGCUAAAGAAGAGUCUGGGCGCAGCCUGUUACUGCCAGAGUCUGAGUCAGAGCUGCCAAAGCUGAAGCGCAGGGGGAGGACCUCAUCACAUCUGCAUCUCUCUGGUAUAACAGAAGUUUCAGAGGAUCUGUGUGGCAGUGGAAACUACACAGCAGAAAUGAGUCUUGACCUUGGGAGAGGUGUAGAGCCUGGCGAUGCUGUACCUGCCCAGGGGAACCUCAGAGUGGUUAUCAACCUAAAGACAAACAACAGUCAGAUAAACCUCGGGGUCACCUCCUGUUGCCUGUCUCCAACCAUCCAGCCAGACCUUGCAAACUCUACCUGCUGUCUUUUCUCCAGGUUAGCAGCAGAACCAGCAGGGAUCACACUACUGCCCACUGCCUUGUCAACGAGUGCCAGCUUCACCAUCAGUCUCUUCCAAAUGAUUAAUUACUCAGUAGUGUACCUACACUGCGAUCUGAGUGUCUGCCUGAGGAACCACUCUGACUGUGAAAGGCAGUGCCUUCAGAAGAGGCGUGCACUUCCCUCAGAGGGCUCGCAAGCUAUUGUCACCAAUCUGAAAAAUCGCAUAUCCUUUGGACCCAUGUUGAAACAAGUGAAGAACUCUACCUUUCCAGAGGAGAUAGAACCAUCAGAACUGGACCUGGCUCUGGUCAUAGUCAGCCUGGUGGUUGGCUCCUCGCUUGUCACAGUGAUGCUGCUGCUGGUGUGGUUGGCCUACCGUAAACGCAGUGACUGGCUGCUCCGCUCGGCGGCACCGCCACGAGCCUGCUGCGGCUGUCUUCACCCAGGAGGUGACUUGAUCCUUCCGUGACCAAGGAGGGACCGUCGCCUUUUACACUGAUCAAGUCUUUACCAAAAUAGCUGCAGACAAUUACAUUAGUCAACAGACAGUGGAGCAGUCAAUCAUAUUAACCACAGAGCAGAGGCGGCCAGCUGCAUCGGCUGGUAUAGGCUAGACUAGACAAUGAGAGCAAUCCAAUUCACACCGCCUUUCACAGGUGACACAGCUGUUGCAGUCUAAUUUUGUACUUAACCAUGAGCAGUCGAUUAUCAUUCACAAAUAGAAAAAACACCUUGAGCCCUUUGUUUUAUCCCUAGGGGCAAGAAAUCAGCAUGCUUUGUUUCCCACUUUGGCUUGUGAAUAACUGUUUGAUACACGAUAAUGUAUGCUUUUGUGUCUUGUUACCUAUAUCGAGUCUUUGUGGUAGAAUCUCAUUUAUAAUUGAAAGAGAACAUACAACACCCUGAAAUGUUGCUUCUGUAUCUAUACACUGUAACAUAAUGUGGCUAAUAAUAUGAAAUAGUGGGAAAAAAAAUAUCAGAAUAUGUAUCAGUGCUGAUUUACUUUUAAUCUGCGUCUAAAGAAGAUUUUUUUCCUGAUCUCAAUCGCUAAUCUGAAUCCUUAAUAAGUACAAUGAAGCAAAAAUACAAAUGGGAAAAGCCUUUCUAGCAGUAUUCCUAACAUAAUAUUCCUUGAUCCAUUUUAUGUGCACCAGUAAAGUUUUUUUGGGG